UAGCUUCGUCCAUUAUCUGUGGUUCAUCAGCUGUCAUAACAUGUCAUAAAUAUAGCAGUUUACUAAUGAAAUCAUUAGAUUUUAGUCUCGAAAAUGAAAAGAACACAGUAAUUGAAUAUAGAAAACAGAAUUAGAAGAUUAUCUCAGCGAGACAUUUCUCGUCGAGAGAGAAAAACAGACUGUAAUUGUAUUGUGCUGUAGGUUAAAUUUCAGAGAAAAAGAGAAGAAACGUCAAAUAUAUGCACUUUCGUACAUUCAGAAUGACAUUACCUGGCAUCGGAGUAUUUGGCACUGGAAGUAUCGUUAGGAUCAUUAUACCUUUUCUGAGAGAAAAGGGCUUCAGGAUUGAAGCUAUAUGGGGUCGCACAUUGGCGGAAGUCUCCAAAGUGGCGAGCGAUCUCGAGAUACCAUUUCACACAAGUCGCAUAGACGAUGUUCUUUUAAGGAAGGACGUCGAUCUAAUCUUUAUCAUGUGCUCGCCGAGCUUGCAUUCACAGAUUGCUGUUAAAGCCCUAGGUAUAGGGAAGCACGUUGUGUGCGACAAACCAGCAGGCUUGAGUCAAAGUGAAGCCUUGAAGAUGGUACGAGCUGCGCAGUAUUAUCCCUCGCUAAUUAGCAUAGUUAAUCACAGUUUAAGGUUUUUGCCUGCCUUUGCGCAUAUGAAAAAAGCAUUAGAAGAUGGAUAUUUAGCUGGACCUGUAACAGUUAUAGAAGUAAGAGUACAUAUGGGAAGUUUAUUGCACAAUGGAUAUGAUUGGCUAUGUGAUGAUACAAUGGGUGGAGGAAUCUUGGCGUUAGUGGGCAGUCAUGUUAUUGAUUUGAUCUUUCAUUUAAUGGGUCAACGAGCUUCAAAAGUACAUGCUGUUGUAAGAACAUUUACUCAAACAACCAAAUUCAUUAAUGGAAUCAGGCAUAUCACAUCGCCAGAUUUCUGUAGUUUCCAAAUGGAGUUAAGUGGUGGUACUUUAGUAACAGCUACUUUAAGUAACCACUUGCAAGGUCAGCUCUCUCAAGAAGUGUUGAUAUGUGGUGGUGGCAAUCAUUUGGUUGUGCGUGGCGGAGAUUUAUAUGGAUGUCGAAAUGGACAAGAAGAGAUCUUAUAUCAUGAUACGGAAGAUAUACAUGGAAUAUCCUUGCCGAUUGCUGACUCUAUUCCGAGGCCUUACAUCAAAGGACUUAAAAAAAUGAUUGCGGCACUAAGAGAAGCCUUCCAAUCUGUGGAAGAUAAGAGAGGUUGGAUUAAAGAGCCAGUGUUUUCUGCUUCUACAUUUGAAGAUGGUCUCUAUGUUCAAGCAGUUAUCGAUGCACUACGACAAAGUAAUAAACAGCGUGAAUGGGCCAAAGUUAAUAUCUUGACAGAAGAACCAGAUCCAAAUCCUUUAUUGAGCGCUGCUGUCAGAGCUACAGCUAUUUCAAUAUAAAAGUUUGUUUUGCUAAAAUCUAUUUUUGCUAACAAAAAAAUCCGCUAUAGUAUUAUACAUUUUACUAUACAUUUUAAAGACUGUAUAUUGAUAAAUCAAUUACAUAAAAUAAUAUUUAAGGCAGCUACAUAGAUUUACUUUUCUAUCGUGUUAUGAUUACUUAGAUAAUAAUCUCACUUAUUUUAUU